UGGAGCUCGGGGUGCCACGUUCAGUCGGCAGUGCCUCCCACUUCACGAGACUGGCAGUGCCUGGCAGUGCCUGGCAGCUGCGGUUACUCAGUGGGCAGAGCAGGCAGGAUGGGAGAGGGGAGGUGGUAGCGUUUCUAACUGCCCUCUGUGCUAGCCUCUGAGGUCAUAGAAGGGAAAUUGGCACUAACCCAGUCCAGGGAGCUGGGAUUCCAGAGAAGGCUGGGGGAAGUCCACAAGAGGGAGCAUUUCCCCAGGGGCCGUUGAAGAAAGCUCAGAAGAGGGAACAUUAGACACUGAAGAACUGAUAGAGUCCGCCAAGGAGUAAGAAGAGAACAGGCGUCCACACGGUGGGCAGCAGGGGUGCCAAGGGAAUGCGAUUUGGCAAAGCCAAGGGUGUUGGAGCAGGCAGAUGUAGCUAAGUGGAGGGUUUGUGUGUGGGCAGGGGAACGUCCAUUCUCGGUCUGAUGCCAUGUGAAAAGCUUCGGGCAGUGCUGGGCGGGUACAGGGAAGGCUCAGGGAUACUGGCUGUUACUAUCCGUAGUGUUAUUAGGACACGCGCUGUGUCACUCAAGCUCUUCUCCCCUCUCGUAGAGUCUUGCCUGGUUUCUCCCGUGAUUCACAGCAUGCUGGAUCUGGAACAAGAGAACAUGCCUGCGUCUCGGUGCUCACGCUUUCCAGAUCACCUGGUUGCCUCUCUGACCGCUCUGCAAAAGUCGCCACCAAGGCCAAUCCCUGGGAGACUGUCGCUGAAGCCUGACAGUCUCCGGACCCAGCUGGAGACAUCACUGAAGCGGCUGCAGUGCUCCAAGGUGGACCUCUUCUGCCUGCAUGCCCCUGACCACGACACCCCUGUGGAAGAGACGCUGCGUGCCUGCCACCAGCUGCACCAGGAGGGCAAGUUUGUGGAGCUUGGCCUCUCCAACUAUGCUGCCUGGGAGGUGGCCGAGAUCUGUACCCUCUGCAAGAGCAGCGGCUGGAUCCUGCCCACGGUGUACCAGACUACAAGAUGCCCCGCUGGGGGACCGGAAGGCCACAUGCAUGCUAAGAGGUUGGCUUCUCAGCGCCUCAGGGACCGGCGUGUGGAUACCUGCCCUGGAGUAACCUCCUGGCACUGACCGCUGUGCCACCCUCCCCACCUGCCCAGCUUCUGGAAGGAACACCACUUCAAGACCAUUGCCCUGAUGGAGAAGGCCGUGCACACUGCGGCAGCGCCCCCAGCUCCGGGUAACCCGCUGUCCCGGAUGGGUUUUUCCCCUUUUUUGUUUGGUGGGCUGAGGGGGACAACGGAAGGGAGAGGGCUACACAAUUAUUUGAUGGUUUCCGAGAUUAUUCCUUUUCUUCCGGUAUUUCUUCAUGCUAAUCCGGUUUCCUCAAUGCCACAUUACACGCUCUACUGGCCCUAGAAGCGUGAUUAUCCCAAUUUUACGUGUGGGGAAACAUUUCAGAGGCCGUUAAGGUCCCGCAGCUACAUGAGCACAGAUUGGACUCUGAAAUGGACACUUUUUAGCCAUUAGCGUUUGUUCUGUCCCAGGGGGCACACUCCACAGUGUCUGACUCUGUGCCUGGCAGGGUUCCCCUCUCUGCUGUCCCGUGUGUCCCUAACACCUUCCUCUGGCUCGAGCCAUGGCCUACUGAGGACUGCCCUUUCUUGAGCGGGUAAAUGCUAGGCCUGAAGUAAAUCCUUCACAAAAUUUUAAUUCCCACAGCCACCCUGCAUAGUAAAGGAAGUCUGAAGCUCGGGGAGGUCAAGUAACUAACCCAGGUUUACCCAGCUGCCGAGCAGCACAGGGGAGUGCCUCUGAACUCACGUCUGCCUGCAGAGGCAAGGCUUU